UCUUCUACACUAUUCUCUUCUGCAACUUUUACAGCUACCGAGAGUCUCUUACAUCUCCGGCGGCGGAGGAGGAAGGCAAUUGAUUGAAGAUGGAGGAGAAUGAGGAAGAAGUAUCAUUGUUUUUGGUUGCGACUCUAGUUGGUGGGCCAUAUUGUGCUGCAAUUUACGAAAUCAAAUUUCGAGUAGGAGAAGGAGGAGGAGGGGGAUCUAAAAUUGCAACAGUUUAUCCUCUGAAGAAAGCGUUUGGUUACUCAAAAAAGAAGAACAGAGGAUAUUCACCGGUUGGUUGUGAUAUCUCAGGAUCUCACAUGUUGGUGAUGGCUUCAUAUUGGGAUCUGCAUGUCAGUUUUGAGCAGCUUCAACCCCUAAUUUUCGAUACAAAUACCAAAGAGUGUUUCGAAUUGGAAGGGCCAGAGGCAACAAAACCUUUCCCCCUAGUAAUGGCCGUCGGUGAAAGAGGGUUUUUCAUAUUGUGAUGGUUAUUUAUACACUUUCGGGCGUAGUUAUAACUUAAUUGCAUAUCAAGUCGUUUAGAGUGAUUGUAUCAUUGAAUCUAUUGGUGUUCCAGUGUAUUUUAGGGAACUGGACUUUAAAGAUCUACCAGUAGAUUGCGAUCCCGCGUUCUCUGGUUGCUUUGUUCAUUUGGGAAACCCAAAAUUUUGUAUGAUGAAGACUGGUUUCAAUGUUGACCCCUCCAACUUUCAAUAUGUUUCCAUCUUGAUCGUCCAAGUUUCUGAUGACAUGGAGGAGCUUUCAACGUUGUGGUCGGGUCUCUGCGCCUUGAAUAUAGAGAACCUCGCUCCCGCAAAUUUAACAUCACUUUUUUUGGACCCCCAGCAGAGCAAACAUGCCUACAAGUCUGAAUUCUGGACAAGAGGUCCUAAUGUUCAGUCUGAGCAGUUUUGAGGAUCUCAAUGUUGACAUGCAUCUGCAGCCAGUGAACACUGAUCCACCAAAGCCGGAGUCAAUACCUGAGGUUCGUUCGGUGGAUGGUUUCCUGAUGCUGUUGGGUCUUGAAAAGUAUUCGAAGAUGUUCGAAUCUGAGGAAAUUGAUAUGGCCACUUUUUUACGCUUAACUGAUGAUGAUCUCAAGGCUUUAGGAUUACCAGAGGGUUCAAGAAAGAUGAUACCUUUGGAGAUUAAAAACUUCUCUAUUUCAUUGUCAAAUACCAAAAUUGCCCCAAAAAACAAUGUGGCUUGAUUUUUUACUUGGAGGAUUUGAAGUUUUGGUGAAAAUUCCUGCAUCACAUCUAGAAGCAGACUAUUUGGCAUGAUGGAUUGUUUGAUUGGAAUUUUUUGUACAGGCUUUUAAUUUUUUUUUUCUUUUCCACCUUUUGUUGAAAAAUGGGUAAAAAAAGGUUAAUAUACACACUCUCUUUCAUAAGAUAGUUUGGAUUAUUUUAUUUUAAUGGAGAAUAUCAGUUGAAUUGUAGUGGUACUAAUUGCCUA